UUCCGUCACCAAGUGUUGAGAGUCAUUUCCCUUGAUCCACUUCCCCCCUUACACCGGUUUUAUUAGGAGUUUUUUUUUUGUUUUUUUAAUUGUUAGUUUCACAUUUGACACAGAAUUGAUUUAUCUUGAAAUGGCUAAUCCUGAUCAGUUUGCUAAUCAAAGAUUUUAUCCCGGUCACAUAUCGAGAUCUCCUCCGUCGGUCGCCCCUGCCUACAGUAAUUCUCAAUUAAACAGUGCUGCCCCAGUGUUCGUUCCCAACGAGCAUUACCAUGCCAUCAACAGUAAUGUCCACCCUGAUGGUUACUCAGCUCAGGCUAUGGGUUUGCCCGCAUAUGCUCAUUAUGGUCAGUUUCCUGGACACCAGCAAAACCCGCGAGAGAAACACAAUAUGCCUCGACAUCAGCGAGAAAAUACCGAGAAAAGGGCCCCUAAAUUCCACAACCCCGACAGAAAACGGGGCCGCUCUUAUAGUCAGUAUCCGCAAAAUAACGUAAGGGCCCCAAACAGAGGUGCACAUUCUUACAGGAUGGACAAUAGGAAUGGUAGUAAAUUUAAUGAAAAUAAUGGCGCUGAAAUUGUGGAUAUUAACCGGUCUUCUUGGAGCAACCAGAAGAAUUACUAUAGGGGUUCUGCGAACCCGAAAUCCAAAUGGAAUGAACCAAAACAUAGCAAAGACGGUUACCAGCAUGAUGGGGCCUGGCCUCACGAAUACCAUAACAAGAAGCAGCACCCACCGUUGGGUCAAAGGAAUCAUAAUUUAUCGUUUGAAAGGAAUGUUUACUACUAUUCUGGAGAGCCGCAAAACAGCGCCGCUUUGGUUGUGUCUGAUGACAGAACGCCACAUUGGGGCCAUUUGGGAGUAGCUCAUAAUAGAAGCGCCACGUUGGACGAGACUAAUGAAAGAAUGACUACUAUGGCAUUGAGUAUGCCUUCCAAUAUGUCGUUGCAAGAAAAUUUCCACACGACCGAUUCUUCUUAUCAGUCAAAGCCUCGACAUAAGCAUGUAAGUAACAACUAUUCGAGGAACGGUAGAAAUUGGUACGAUAAAUCGGGUGACAGGAACCCUAAUAAGGAGAGAGCGCCUUCACACACAAAAGAUAACUUCUCCGGGAACCACGACAGAAUGGCAAAACCCGAAAGCUUACCGAAAAAUAAGCAAAGCAGCAGAUACGCUCCGCGGCCUGCGAGACACUCUGAGGAGUUUCGGCAGGUCCGUUCCCAUGAUCGGAACUACCAGAGACCAAGCGUUCCUUGGAAAGCGAAGAAAGACUACAACAAAGAGAGGAAUCGAAGGGAAUCUUUGGAUAAGAAAGAAUAUGAAGACGAUGAUGAAGAUUCUGCUAAUGAGAUGGAUGAUGAGAACCAAAGAGAUUUGUUGAGCCAACAGCUGCGGAACUGCAAGUACGAGUGCAUGGUAUGUUGCUGCAUUGUCUAUCCUGAUGCACCAAUAUGGAGCUGCAUGCAUUGCUAUAACGUCUUCCAUAUGCCCUGCAUCAAGAAAUGGGCCCUCUCACCUGCAGCUGCUGUCGUCACAGACGAUAAUAAGGGCUGGAGGUGUCCCGUAUGUCAAGCAGUAUCAAACCACAUUCCCAGACAAUACAGGUGUUUCUGUGGUAAAGCGGUGAAUCCACAAUGGAACCAUUAUGAUACGCCACACUGUUGUGGGGAACCAUGUCGCAAAAAGAGGAACCAGUUUUGUCCGCAUCUCUGUACAUUGUCCUGCCAUCCUGGGCCGUGUCCUUCCUGUCAUUUAAAUGUCACCAAGAAAUGUAUCUGUGGCAAGAAAAGUCAAUUAAUGAAGUGCGGAUUGAGUAACGUGUUCCAGUGCGAAGAGGUUUGUGCUAAACCGUUUUCUUGUGCUGUUCAUUCCUGUCUGAAAGUCUGCCAUUCCGGAGACUGCGGUGACUGCGAGGUUGUCAUCCAGCAAAAAUGUUUCUGCAAGAAGAGCGAAAGACUCCUGGAUUGUAUAAAGAAUUCUGCUGAGGAUUCGGUCAGCUACAGCUGUGCGGAAUUGUGCAAGAAACCUUUAGAUUGUGGUCAUCAUACUUGUGAAGAGAUUUGUCAUAGUGACCGAUGUCUACCUUGCCCGUACACACCGUCUAGUGUCACCCACUGUCCCUGCGGACACACGCCAAUCGCGGAGCUCUCAGACCAGCCGAGGACGUCGUGCAGUGACCCCAUCCCGACUUGUGAUAAACUCUGUAAUAAACCCCUCAGUUGCGGCACAGACGAGUCGCAUCACCUGUGUCCCCGCACCUGUCAUACUGGCCCUUGUGGACCCUGUGAUAAGACGAUGAGUGUUCAGUGCCGGUGCAAGGCACAAGAAAAGGACUUUCCCUGCUCUGAAGCAUUGGCCUUCAAUGAGAACAAACCAUUCCUUUGUAACCGAAAGUGCAACAAGAAGCGGCGAUGUGGUAAGCACAAGUGCACCCAGCAAUGUUGUGUGCGAGACAUGCACGAAUGUGAGCGAGAAUGUCGCCAGAUGCUCUCCUGCGGUCUUCACCGGUGUGAGUCGCUGUGCCACCGAGGCAACUGUGCACCGUGCCUCCUUGCAAGUUUUGAGGAACUGACCUGCUACUGUGGUUACGAAGUGAUACACCCACCGGUACCCUGUGGUACCAAACCUCCUGCUUGUUCCAGACCGUGUACUAAAACACAUUCCUGUGACCACCCGGUUCAUCAUAAUUGUAACAUGGAUGAUGUAUGUCCACCUUGUACUGUUCUUACGACGAAAAUGUGUAAAGGACAACAUGAGGAGCGUCAUAAUAUACCUUGUCAUAUAACAGAUAUCUCCUGUGGUAUGCCCUGUAACAAGGUGCUGCCUUGUGUCCAACACAAAUGCAAGAAAGUCUGCCAUAAGGAUCGUUGUCAAAGUGAUGCUGAACAGUGCAGUCAGCCAUGUCAGAAACCUCGUGCAGCGUGUGGUCAUCCGUGCAACACCCCGUGUCACCCAGAUAAACCAUGUCCGAAAGUUGCUUGUAAACAACAGGUUGCUGUCAAGUGCCCAUGUGGACUACGUUCGGCCAAUGUUCAGUGCCUUCUUGGAGAUGAGAACCUACUUACUAACUUUGCAAAAAUGACCUUGGUUGACCUCAACAAUGCGACCUCUGGCAGCGAUGUCGACAUCACCAAAUUCUCGCGACUCAAGUCUGGCUUGCGACAAUUGGAAUGUAAUGAAGAAUGCAGCAUACGAGAACGGAAUCGCAGACUGGCUUUGGCGUUGGAAAUCAAGAAUCCGGAUCUUUCUUCGAAACUUGGGUCACCUUCUUACUCUCAGUUCCUGAAAGAUUUUGCUAAACACAAUGGCCCAGUUAUUGUCUCCGUAGAAAAAGCCCUAACAGAUUUGGUACAAAGUACUAAACAGAUGAAACAGAAUUAUCGCAGCCAUUCCUUCUCACCAAUGAACCGAGAACAUCGUAAAGUUGUGCACGAAAUGGCCGAGCACUUUGGUUGCACGACCGAGUCGUACGAUAACGAACCCAACCGCAAUGUCGUGGCUAUUGCUCGCAAAGACAAGUGUUGGAUGCCAUCUGUUACAUUAACGGCUCUGCUGCAGAAGGAACGCAAAGUUCUUUUACCAAUCUCUUCUUACAAGCACGAAGAGAAGGAUAAGAAGUCUCAAGACUCCAAACAAGGUUGUGUGGUUCUCAGCAAAGGCUCUUACCAAUCCGUUGUCGGUAACUCAGCCAAACCGGAAUCCAAACCAAUUAUUGAUUACUUUGACAUGGAAACCUAAUGUCUUCUUUUUCUUUUUUUGUUUUUGAUCCUCCCCUUCCUCCUCCUCCUCCUCUGAGACUGACUUUCUCUCUCUCUCUCUCUCUCUCCCUCCUUCCCUCCCUCUCCUCAAGCUGAACAUGGGUGGGGAGUGAGGGGGAAGGCAAAGACUUUGGUGAUUAGGGACUGUCUCAGCCUGCCCCCUUCCUCCCUUGCCCUCCCUUCCUCCCUUUUUACUGUUUUGACUGUUUUCAAAUGUUUGUACCAACACUUAAAUACUGUGCCAGGCUUCAACUAUAUAACUACUACAACAACAAUAACAUCAACAACAAACAGUUAUAUAUACCUGAAUAAGAACAUUAUUAUAAUAAUCGCUUCUUUCAAAUUAUGAUAAUAAAUGUUUACAAAAAA